UCUCCGUUCCCCUCUGGCCUCUGCGUCGCCAACCCAGCAGCAGUAACGGCUUGGCGUCCGUCCGUCGCCGUCCACCGCCGCGAGCCGCGAGGUGUAGGCGUGUCGCGCGGCGUCGUCGGUUCGGGGCAGGCCGCGGUCCGCGGCCCGCGCGGGGUGAUCGAUGGGGAAGAAGGGGCCGCCCACCGAUCCGCAGCGCUUCGGGGAUAUGUCGAAUGCAGGUUCAUCGUCUGGAUGGACCGAUGAGAAGCACAUGCUCUACAUUACCUUUUUGGAGAAAUCAUUUGUUAAUCAAUUGUACAGUAGUAAGGGGGAAAUGAAUUCGGCAGAGCCAUUCUAUGGGACUCCAGGUGCAUGGCAAAACACUUCUUAUAGCGGAGAUGGUAGAAACACAAAAUAUGAUCAGGGACAGGGAUAUUGGGGGACGGAGGUUGAUGGAGAUGGAGCUGAAUCAAAAUUAUCAGAGGUUGGGUAUACACCUUCUUGUUCUGGGGGUUUGCGCUAUUAUAUGGAUGAUGAUGCAUCAACUAAUGGUCCAAGACAAGAGAGAGUUACUAGUUACCAUCCAAGACAAAGCAAUUCUGGGGGGUCAGCUGCUUUCCAUUUGCACCAGCAUGGGCAUUCCUUUUCUUGGAGAGAAUCAUCAGACCAGAACUUCUUGGAUGGGGAGACUCAAGGUAGCAGGGAACAAGGCAGAAGGUCUAGCAAGAACCAGCAGAAACAUGCUGAUACAACCAAGGUCGGCCCACAUGAUUCAUGAAGGUGCAGGUAUAACCUAGCAGCUCUUUCGUGAUUCUGGAGGGCAAUCAUCCUCAUGGGAAGCUUAGGGACCAAUGGGAUUGGUCCAUGCAAGCUAGCUGGAAAGUUUGUAAGAAGAGUAGUGAUGGAGGUGGGCAGACUGUUCAGCUCCAGAUAGUGAAACAAUAGCGUUUCCUGUUGGUAGUGUAUCCAUAAGGAAAGCCGUAGAUUGCUAAUGACUUCCUGCCAGAUCAUCCAGGAAGGUUUCAGAUAUUGAGCUGGACCAGCUGGGUGCGGCCCCGUAACUGUUAUCGUGUUCGUGUCCCGUAAUGUUAAAGUACAUAUGUCUGCAAUGUUCAUUUGACUUGUUGACAAAAUGGAAUUUGAUAACAUUUGAAACACCGUGCCUUUGAGCAUGUUGCCAAA